AUGCCGAGAUCCUGCCACAGUCGCUCAGGGGCCCUGCUUCUGGCCUUGCUGCUUCAGACCUCCAUGGAAGUGUGGGGCUGGUGCCUGGAGAGCAGCCAGUGCCAGGACCUCACCACGGAAAGCAACCUGCUGGCUUGCAUCCGGGUCUGCAAACUCGACCUCUCAGCGGAGACACCCGUGUUCCCAGGCAACGGGGACGAGCAGCCGCUGACCGAGAACCCCCGGAAGUACGUCAUGGGUCACUUCCGCUGGGACCGCUUCGGCCCGAGGAACAGCAGCGGCACGGUGCAGAGGCGCGCGGAGGAGGAGGAGGAUGACGCGGCGGUGGACGAUGGUCGCGCUGAGCCCGGCCUGCGCGAGGGCAAGCGCUCCUACUCCAUGGAGCACUUCCGCUGGGGCAAGCCGGUGGGCAAGAAGCGGCGCCCAGUGAAGGUGUACCCCAACGUCGCCGAGAACGAGUCCGCAGAGGCCUUUCCCCUGGAGUUCAGGAGGGAGCUGGCGGGCGAGCGCCCCGACGGCUUGGAGCACAUCCUGGAGCCCGACGCCGCCGAGAAGGAAGAUGGGCCCUACCGGAUGGAACGCUUCCGCUGGGGCAGCACGCCCAAGGACAAGCGCUACGGCGGCUUCAUGACCUCCGAGAAGAGCCAGACGCCCCUAGUGACACUCUUUAAGAACGCCAUCGUCAAGAAUGCUCACAAGAAGGGCCAGUGAGGGUGCAGGGGUCUUCUCACCCCGGGCCCCCUCCCUGCAUGGGCGAGCUACUCGCCGCCGACCUCAAGCCUCCAUAGUUAGUCUGUAGUUAGGAAAUAAAACCUUUCAGAUUUCA